AUGGCUUCACCGAAAGGGCUCUUCACACACAUGCAGCUCCACGGGCACUUGCAGCCCCACGCGCACGCGGGGGCUCCCAUGUAUGGGUGUGUUUUGCAUGCAUUUGCGGGGAGCCGCCUUGGACUCCCUCUCCAUUCAGUUCACCCAGAAGGGAAUCCCUACAGCUCCCUGCGAGAGGAGGCGGCUGGCCCCAUCCCCUUCCCCUCUGCCUGGUCCCGCUGGGGCCCAAGAAUCUGCAAUGCCUCCUCUCACAUAAAGGGAAUCUGUGAAGAUGAGACAGAGAAUAGCACAGGGAACGAGGACAGAGCCCUUUUGCGCCUGGGAACCACCGCUUGGCUCGUGCCCCGCUCAGGGUUCAGGGAAGCCAAGGAGGGCCCCCGGGCGCACGGACAGCCACGCGCCGCAUCCCGCACUUCGCGCUCGCCCUGGUGGCGUUUGCGCUCUCAAGACACGGCCCCGCACCAUCUUCUUAGGCGCUGUGCGGGUUUCUUCAACCGCCCAGCUGCCGGCUCCACAGCGUCCGCCCUCCGAGGGGUACAGGUGCCGCCGUCCCGCCCUCUGCCGCCUGGUCCGCCAACGCCGCCUCCUCCGGGCUGGCCUGGGGGCUUGACCCAAAGCCGCUGCCUCGCGAAUGGUCUCGUGCCAGAGCGCAGCGCCCGCCGCCCGUCGCCGGGGACUCCCCGCCCUUCCGCGCGACCCCGCGCAGGAGCGGGCGGUGCUGACGGCGGGCAGGGGGCGGGCAGGGGAGCGGGGGCUCGUUCGGGGGUAACCGCCUCCUCUGCAGCCUGCCCGCGCCUCCGAAGCCGGACCUGCCUCCGCCUCUUCCUCCAGCGGCUCCAUCCUCCGCCAGCGCCGCGUCCUCCCGCCACCCGCGCCGGCGGCCUCGGCGCAGCGGGGAGGGGGCCCGGCGCGGCGGCCGCCCCUCGGCUCAGCCCGGGCGGCGCGCCUGCCCUGCUGCCCGCGGCGCUCACCAGCAGCAUGCUCUAUUUCCAGAUGGUGAUCAUGGCAGGGACGGUGAUGCUGGCAUACUACUUCGAGUACACGGACACGUUCACCGUGAACGUGCAGGGCUUCUUCUGCCACGACAGCGCCUACCGCAAGCCCUACCCGGGCCCGGAGGACCGCAGCGCCGUGCCCCCCGUGCUGCUCUACUCGCUGGCCGCCGGCGUCCCUGUGCUCGUGAUAAUCGUUGGAGAAACUGCUGUGUUUUGCCUACAGUUAGCCACAAGGGAUUUUGAAAACCAAGAAAAAACUAUUUUAACUGGAGAUUGUUGCUAUAUAAAUCCACUGGUACGCCGAACUGUCCGAUUUCUUGGAAUUUAUACGUUUGGAUUGUUUGCCACAGAUAUAUUUGUAAAUGCUGGACAAGUUGUUACAGGAAAUCUGGCUCCACAUUUUCUUGCCCUGUGUAAGCCCAACUAUACAGCUCUUGGAUGUCAACAGUAUACACAAUUCAUCAGCGGGGAAGAGGCCUGCACGGGCAACCCAGAUCUCAUCAUGAGAGCAAGGAAAACAUUUCCAUCCAAAGAAGCAGCUCUCAGUGUCUAUGCAGCCAUGUAUCUGACAAUGUACAUCACCAACACAAUCAAAGCCAAAGGUACCAGACUUGCUAAGCCAGUCUUAUGCUUGGGAUUAAUGUGUUUGGCCUUUCUGACUGGACUCAACAGAGUAGCAGAAUAUAGAAAUCACUGGUCAGAUGUGAUAGCAGGCUUUCUGGUUGGAAUAUCUAUAGCAGUAUUCCUGGUUGUGUGUGUGGUAAAUAAUUUCAAAGGAAGACAGCCAGAAAGUGAGCAUAUCCACAUGGACAAUCUGGGACAGAUGCCAAUGAUCAGCAUUCCUCGGGUAGAAAGUCCUUUGGAAAAGGUAACAUCUGUACAGAACCACAUCACUGCCUUCGCAGAAGUCACAUGAUAUCGAAGCAGAUGGUCUUUCACUGCAUUGGACAUCGUCUCUUUUUACCAUCCAUUCAUAACACCCAAAGUUUAUGAAGUUGUCUAAUGAUUUCUAUAAUUUUAGUAUCAUUGUCAGCCUGUCUGUUGCCCCCACUAGACUGUGAGCUCCUCGAGGGCAGGACUCUGUCUUUACUGCACCCCCAACACCUACAGCAAAGUCUAACAGAAAGUAGGUGCCCAAUAAAAACGUGAUGACUGAAUGAACAAAUUCCUAAAGGACACAUUCACUUUAGUUCUUCACAGAAUCACUUGCAGUUGAGUUAAAGAUAUCUCCACAGAAACCAUAUUUGCUAAAAAUAAAUAAAUAAAUAAAUAAAUCCUCUACUUGGCACUAAACUUUUCAAUUUCCCACAUAUCUCUUCACCAGUACCCUGUUUAAUCUGAAGUGGACUUUGAAAGCCAUGGGGGUCUUCUAUAUUGUUAUUCAGCAUGACAUUAUUUCCUUUCUAACAAAUUUCAGUGUGUGAAUUUUCUUUACUUUUAGAAAGUAUGUUCUAUACUAAAAUAAUGUUUGCACAUUCUAUUAUGCUAUAUUUCACUUAAACUACCAUUCAUACUAUACAUUCUAAGACUGGUGCUUCUGCUUUUGAAGGGGAAAAAUGCCAAUUUUUACUGUAAUAAGUAAUGUAUAAAAAUUAAAAAAUAUUUAUUUGGAAUUUUUCUCCUGACACCUGUGGUUUAAUUGUUGACUUGUAGGUUUUGAAAACAGGCAGUAUCUAAGAUAGUUAGAAUGAAGAAAUCUAGCAAUGGUACCUUAUUGAACGAUUAUCCAUUGAAGACAGCAUCUUAAGAGUGGUCAAAUCUCCAUUCUUAGGAUUUUUCACUGGUCAAGAUUUCACACUAUUUAAAUGGAAAAGAUCCACCUCUGACACAUAUUUUAAAUGACGCAAAUGCUAGAAAUAUGGUUAAUGUGUUCUGCUUUGCAUUUGUGUAGUAUUUUAUAAUUUACAAAGUACCAUUUUAUUUAAUCUUGAUGGUAACCCUGUGUAAAUGUUAAGAGUGUGGCUUUAUUUUUAUAAAUGAGAAAAAAAAUGAAGCCAAGAUAGAGUGAACCACAUGCCUAGCCCCAAACUAGUAAGAACAGGGUUAAAAUUUAAAUUUAGGUUUUCUGAUCCAAAACACAAUGGUACUUCAAAAAGGUCAUGGAAAAUGGAAGUAAAAGGUAAGUUUAUCUUGGUGCAAGAAAUGCUGAAAUCCAUGCAUGGUUUAUUUCAUUACAUGGAUUUUCCAUGAAAUUUUUGAAGACAUCUUACAUGCAACAGCUAUGAUAUUGUUUUGAACACUAAGGCCUUUGAAGUGAUGAGUACAGUGCUGGGUAUCUACCUAUGUUUUAGAAAAUGGCAUGUGAAAACGGAAUUACAAAAGCUCUUAGUAUUUUAAAUGCUUAUAAGAAUAAACUCUUUUAAGGUAUACAAAUAUAAACCUUUUUGACCCUAUUAUAAGUAACGAAUGUCAAAGGGUCUAGUUGUGAGGCCCUCAGUAAAAGCAAAAACGGAAUCAAAUAUCUCUCCUUCUAUGGUCAUCCCAGGGCCCAGGCCCCAACUCAGGAGAGAUCCUAAGGGACAUACUUUACAUUUAGUCUGUGAAAUUAAGGAUGAAAAUACCAGAAUACAAAGCAAAUGAGCUUUUUGAUGGUAACAUUUCAAUCUUUAAUGCUCUUCUGAUUAACACUGGCUUAUAGUUAAUUUACUGAAAUGAUUUUUUUUUAGCUUGAAAGUACUAAAAAAUGAACUUUCUUUAUACUCUCCACUUUCAAAAGAAACCAGUAAAUAAAUAUUACCAAAAUCUUGUCUGUUACUUCCAGCCUGGAUGUUACCUGCCCAUUUCUGCCACUGUAGGAGUUGAAACACUUCUAUUAAGGCCGAAAGAAGAAAAUCUGUAUCUCUUCCAAUUUUAGAUCUUUAUAGAAAUUCAAUUCUGUUGGAAACUUAGAGCAUGAAAAAGCUUUGAAUGCCUUGACCCUCUUCGAAGACUUCUAAGGCAAUAAUAUCAGUAGGGAAUUCACUUAGUGGUAGUAGAAGUGAAGGGGAUGAUCUCAUCGUGUCUCAGAAGGCAGAAUUCCCAGACAGGCCUCUCAAGUUUGGUCAGUUCUAUUGGUUCUAUAUCCAUUUUUCAAGAACCCAAUUAAGAAUGGUUUUCCAUACAUUAUAUAGCUAUAUAUUUUCAGCUAUAUAUUAUUAUAUUAGUGUUGUAUCUUUGGACCUUGGCCUGAAUAUAGGAGUUAUAAAUUCCUCAGAAACUCAGUUUAAUCCAAGACAAGAGUAAAGUCAUAUGUAAUAUUUAAGCUUCAUGGAUCCAUGAUUGUGCAAUGAAUGAUCCUAUUGAGAAUACAGAAAGAGAAAAAAAAAACAUAGAUGUGACUAUGAUAAAAGCAAGCAAAGAGUCCUUAACCAUGAUGUUACUGAGAAUAAUGAAAACCGCAUUUAAGAAAAUAUUAAUAUGUAAAUAUGUAAAUAAAAAGUCUAGUAAAAGCAGAUGAACACAUAUCUUUCUGAUAAAGACAUCACAUUUUUAGUCUACUUACUUGGGGCCCAGAUCAGCAUACAUUGGUCAACCUGAAAAUUUCAGUAGUCUCUGUUUGCAUGGCAGAAAUUCUGCACAUGUUUUAUCUGAUUCCUAAGAUAACUUAAAAGGCUCUUUUAUGUUAAAAGAGAGGUGAACCUUCUUUGACAGACUUUGUCUAGUCCACUUCUAACUGGGCCUCUCUUUUCUCAGGAUCUAUCCUAGCCAAAUGUUUCAGUUACAUUUAAUGUAGUUUCCUUUGUGAAAGAGCAGUAGGGGAAGAAAUAAUUCUCUGCUGCACACUGUAUUUUUCAAAUAAAAUUUUAAAAAUUAAA